AUGGCCGGCAACGACAACCCAGGAAACUUCGCCAACCGUCCCAAGGAAGAGGUGCAGGAAAUUGCCAGCAAGGGCGGACAGUCGAGUCACUCUGGCGGCUUUGCCUCGAUGGACCCUGACAAGCAGCGUGAGAUUGCUUCCAAAGGAGGCCAAGCAUCCAGCGGCUCGUUCGAACCUGGCAGCGAGAAGGCCAGAGAGGCCGGCAGAAAGGGUGGACAGAGCUCGUAA